CAUUCGUUCGUUCGCUUACGUUUUGGUUUACGUUGCGAUGCCGAGUUGUGAAUACUUGUGAAAUAAAAAUCCUAAAUUAUAACAUAUAAAUUGAGUUUUUAUGAACAAUAAUGUGCAGAACUUUCUUUCGUUGUCCUAUUAUUAUGCUCGGGGUUUAUCUAAAACAAUAAUUAUUUUUUAAUCGUGUGAGAAAAGCAUCCGCAACCAUGGAGGGAAAAAAGAUUUCUUUUGGUUUUAUGAAAACAAAGAAAGUAGAGAAGCCAAUAAUUGAAGAAAAGAGAGAUUACAUCGAGUGCGUGGAAGAGAAAUCCAUCAAAAUUGUUGGUGGUGAAGAAGUUAAAGAAGUCAAGACUUUAGUCAUACCAAUGAAGCCAAAUACCUUAAUAACUGCUGAAAGACUAAGAGAGAUUGCAGCAAGUGUUGAAAGUGGUCUUGAUGAAGAAGGGACCUAUAGAGAGAAGACUAUUGAAAACAAGAAUAAACCAGAGGAUACAACACCCAAUGAAGAUCUGACUUUAGAUCAGAUGGCUGUAAGGGAACUGCUACAAGAAGCGAACAAAGAAAUCAAGGUGGAGACACAAGAUUUCACAGUUCCCGUACCAUCAAAGCCUGUCAUUGAUGGGGAGAAAGAGUCGACAUUAGAAGACUAUGAAUCAGUGCCGGUGCAAGAUUUUGGAUUGGCAAUGCUGCGUGGCAUGGGAUGGGCACCAGGCAAAGAACAGGCCAAGUACAAGCAGCCUGAACUACGCCCUAAGGGCCUGGGUUUGGGAGCUGACAAAGUUAUAUCAGACAAACAGAAGAAGCAUGCUGGAAAGGAUGGCAAAGAGGAAGAACUGUCUAUUGUCAAGAAUUCUUAUGUUAAAAUCACUGCUGGAAAACACAGUGGUUAUUAUGGCAAGGUGGUGAGUCUAGAUGAAGACAACGGCCGUGUUAUGGUCGACAUCGUAGUUAAGAAGGAAACAGUCAGCCUGAGCGAGUUCAUGUUGCAGCCAGUUACUAAAACCGAAUUUGACAAGGAGGCCAAAGUUAUAAAUACGGAAGCGUUCGAGGCAUAUAAGAAAAAUGAAAAAACACAAAAUAAAAAGUCUUCAAGGAAUGAAUCACUGAGCGUUGAUGAACGAUCAAGAAACGCGUCGCCAAAGACUGACAGGGGCGCAACUUCAAGCCAAAACUAUAGAGAUGUUAGCAAAGAAUAUAGAAGAGAUAUGAAGGAAGAAAACAGACGGAAAGAUGAAAUGUCUUCAAAUGGCAAAAGAGAAAGUAGUAGACGUGAAAGAAGUAGAAGAAAUUCUUCAAGUAGUGAAGAUAGUAACAAAAAGGACAACUAUAAAAGAGAUGUAAGCAAAGAUAGAGAAAAGAGAAAGAAAGAUAGGUCUAGAAGGGACUCACGGAGUAGUGAAGAUAGAAGUGAUAAACGAAAGAAAGAUAGACGUCAAAGAGAUUCCAGUAGUGAAGACGACAAACGGAAAACUGCAGGCAGGAAAAAGAGAGAUAAAGAUAAGAAAAGAUACAGUAGCAAUGAUUCGUUAAGUUCGUUUUCAGAGUCUGAAAAGAAAAAGAAACAUAAAAGUAGUAGGAGACACCUUGAUAGUAGUGAGUCUGAACCAGAUACUCAUAAGAAAGAAAAAAGAGAUAUUGAUAAGAAAAGGAAAGGAAAGAAAAAGAAGAGGGACAGAGACCGCUCGCCAAACUACAAGAAACAUAGGAAAUAAGAAUCAAGUGGAAUAAACUAUUAUUUUAUACAA